UAACUCUGUUUUGAAAGUAUUUCCAUUAGCCUCCCGAAAUAUGCUGCUAAAGUACAGGAUAUUUCUACGGUUAUUGUAGCCAGUCAAGCAGAGAGAAACACAAGAGGGAGAGAAAAUUUUAAUCAGCAAAAAAGAGAAGAAAGAGCUGCACAUACCUCAUUUUCUCCCUUUUCAUCUUCUUUCUCCAACUCCAGUAAAUUCUCCUUCCUUUUAAAUUAUUCUCUCAUUGUAAAACUGAAUCUUUCAUACUUUUCCAUCUGUUUUACCACAAAAUUCAGUAUAACAGGUUAAUACUGCCAUCCUUGUGAAUAGCUGAAGAGAAAAAUAAUCAGCAGUAUAUUAAAAUAUUUUUGAGACUUACAAGUCUGAAACAUCAUGGCUCCAAGCACGCUUAGAAAAGCAAUUGGGGCAGUGAAGGACCAGACGAGCAUAAGCUUGGCCAAAGUUGGCAGCAGUGCCUCCUUGUCCGAUCUUGAAGUAGCCAUCGUGAAGGCGACCCGACACGACGAGUACCCACCGGAGGAGAGGCAUAUAAGAGAGAUUCUAAGCUUGACUUCUUAUUCUCGAGCCUAUGUUGGUGCAUGUGUUAGUUUCAUUUCCAGACGCCUUGGAAAGACCAAGAAUUGGGUUGUGGCGCUUAAGGCACUCAUGUUGAUUCAUAGGCUACUCUCUGAUGGCGAUCCGUCUUAUGAGGAGGAGAUUUUCUUUGCCACAAGGCGAGGAACCAGGCUUCUUAACAUGUCUGAUUUUCGUGACUCAAGAUCUAACUCCUGGGAUUGUUCUGCAUUUGUACGAUCUUAUGCUUUGUACCUUGAUGAACACCUGGAGUUUAAGAUGCAGAACCGCAGGGGAAAACGCAGUGCAUUUGCAUAUAACGAUGAUGAAGAAGAGGUUCGUCAUAAUGUCAAGAGGGUAAAAGCCACUCCGUUGAGGGAAAUGAAGAAUGAUCGAGUUUUCUCAAGGAUUCAUCAUCUCAUGCAGCUCCUAGAGCGAUUCUUAGCUUGUCGACCUGCAGGUUUGGCAAAGAACAACCGAGUCGUGAUUGUGGCUCUUUAUCCAUUAGUGAAGGAAAGUUUCCAGCUAUAUUAUGAUUUAACAGAAAUCAUAACUAUUCUGUUUGAUAAGUUCAUAGAACUAUCAAUCCCCGACUCUGUAAAAGUUCUUGAGAUUUUCUUCAGAAUUAAUAAGCAAUAUGAGGAGCUCGAGCAGUUUUACGAUUGGGGUAAAACAGUUGGAGUUGCACGCACUUCUGAAUAUCCAGAUAUUGAGAUCAUUCCACCGAAGAAACUUGAGCGUAUGGAUGACCUUAUACGAGAAAAGUCCUUCAGAGAACAGAACAGGAAGGCGGCAAUACGUAAUGAGCCAACUACUGAGCAUGUUCAAGAAAUUGAAAAGCAGGAAACUAAAACUGAACCCGAAGAGGACAUGAAUGCAGUUAAGGCAUUACCAGCACCAGAGGUAUUGCCCAAAGAAACAGAAGAAAAUAUAGAGGAAGAUGACAAGAAAGAAGUGAAAACCCAAGAAGUAGGAGAUUUGUUGAACUUGAGUGAAGAUGUUCCAACUACGGAAGAACAUGGAGAUCAACUAGCUUUAGCCCUGUUUGAUGGUGGUCAAGCAACGACCAAUCCUGCAACAAGCAUUUCACCAUGGCAAGCAUUCAACGAUUCAGGAGAUUGGGAGACAGCACUGGUUCAGUCCGCAAGCCACUUGUCAAACCAGAAAGCUUCGUUCCCCAGAGGCCUUGACACAUUAACACUUGAUGGCAUGUACCAACAAGGAACAGUGGCACAGGCAGUAGCCACCUCAGGUGUUGUGGCUACUGGAAGUGCAAGCAGCGUAGCAUUUGGCUCAGCAGGACGGCCAGCAAUGUUAGCAUUGCCUGCACCUCCAACCGCAAAUGGUGGAGCUAGUACAGCCGCACCAGGCACAGAUCCUUUUGCAGCAUCACUGGCAAUAGCUCCACCAGCAUAUGUUCAGAUGUCAGAGAUGGAGAAGAAACAGAGACUACUGGUGGAAGAGCAGUUAAUGUGGCAAGAAUAUCAGAGAAAUGGAAUGCAAGGACAGGUAGCAUUAGCCAAAGCACAACCAAACCCUUACCCACAUAACAUUGGUGGUUACAGGCAAACCUUCUAAAACUUUCACUGAUAAGAUACACAACAAUGUAAUGUCAUUUUCCAUGUGGUCAGCGGUAUCUCAGUACAAAGACAAGUCAUGAAAUUGUACAGAAAGAAAGUGGCAUUCUAGAAGAAGAGGUAUGCAAAUUCACAUCUAAUCAAUGUCUGCAUUGCCAGCUUUCUCAGAAAGUCAACUAAGCUACGAUAUUGAAAUAUGAGAACUGCAAAACUACAUGUAGACAACAUCCAUUAUCAGUGUACAGAAAGUGAAAUUUUCUUAAAACAAA